AAGGCCAAAGUCUGUGAAUGGUAUUUAGUGGUGUUCAACCUCAAUUUAAAACAAAAUGGCCGACCCAGACGAAGAGGAGGAUGUUCAAAGCUUAAAAUUGAAGCACCAAUUACUAGUUGGUCUGAAAACAACUGUAGAAGGUCUGCUAGCAACAAACACAAAUGAUGUAUGGAGUACAUAUGGUGGACUGGGGAGAUUAUGUAAAAAUGUUGAUAGAAUACUUAAUCAUCGGCUUAAAUUUGUAGUGAGUGAUUCAGGGAGUGUGAUUGAUUUUUGGCCGUUUGUAAAGGGAUUAAAAUGGCUGAAUCCUGUAAUGACACCAUUUAUAGAGAAAAUACGAAAGGGGUCUCACCCUAAAGGUGUCAGUAAAGGUCAAGUGUGGGUCAAGGAGAGCCUUAGGGAGCACAAAUUGGUCAGUCAGCUCAAGAUUCUGGUAACAAGCGAAUCACACUUACAUAGACACUACUUUGAGGAUUCAUUUUUGUUCAACACCAAGUACUUCAAUGCAAUGUGUAUAUGCCUCCAAGCAGUAGAAGAGAACAGAGUGUCCUUAUUAGCUGAUAUUGAUGCUAAAUUGCUACACUUUAACCCAAGCCUGUCUAAGGCUGGACCAAGUUUUAUAAGAAGUGCAUCUUUGCCAAUGAACGCCUUAGUAACAACACGCCCAUCACGCCAAAGCAGGCAUCACAAGUCUUUCAACAGUGACAUCAUGGCUUUAGCUCCGCCUUUCUCCUCCCCACAAAGUAAGGAAAGUGAACUGUGCACAUCUGAUGAGCAUGCUGUGGCUUGUAGUAUUGGUUCAAGUACAAGUCCGGAGGAAGGUAGAUUGACAGCAACAGCAUCAUUACGCAAUGUGUUAAGAAAAUCUGGAUCAGAUUCCACCACAGAUUUGUCUCCCCCGUCUUCCUCACAGAACCAUUUCAGUCUUUACACUAGCAUUAACAGUGACCCUCUGCUGAACCUUGACCUUCUUGAAUUGUCAAGGUCACCUAGCAAGAGUGUGGAAAAUCUGAAUAUUAAAUCGAAAUUUGAACCAAAGAAACCAUUGACCAGAAGUACGUCAGAGACGGCUGUGAUUAAAAGGUCGUCAGAAAGACGGGCAUCAGAAAUGAUGGAUAAAAUAAUCCAUGAGGACGAAGAUGACGUUUUUCCAGCAAAUAAAUCUAUGACCUUGACUACUUCAAUGACUUUGACCUCUGAUUUGUCAGCGAAAAAGAAAAGUUUGAAGGGUUCUAGAGUGAUAUUCUCAGAUUCUGAAAGUGUGGAAACGGAGACAAAGUCUAGGAAAUUGACAGAAAGAAAAUUGAAGCAUACUCAUAAAAGGUCAAGGUCUGACAUAAGUGGCAUUAAAACAAAUGUGAUUCAAGGGGAGAUGGCAAGUGGGUCAAACAUGUCCAGUAAUGCUGUAGCCAAGAGUGCCUCUACUUCCAAUACAGAUGAUGUAGAAGGUGUUCAAAGUGGUUAUUUUCCUCAACCCCAGCAAGGACAGUCAUUACUACACUACCUCUCUUCUCAUGACUUUCACACAUGUGCCAACCUAGAAAAGGAGAAUGCCCACUUCAGUAUAUCCGAGGCGUUGAUUGCUGCAAUAGAGCAGAUGAAAUGGAAUCAUAUAAUAAGUCCGCAUACGGACGCACAUAUGGAGGAACCGGAUGAGGAGGAGAGUGAUGAGGAGAUUAAACAGCUACAACAACGAAUACGCAUACGUAAACGUGAAAAACUUAAAGAGAAAGCGCGUGGAUUUCCAGCAUUUAGUGAUGGGAGAACUGACAAUAGUGAUACUUCUAGUGGAGUUGAUGACAGACAGAUAGAAUUGUCAAUGGAUGAUACACAUAACAAUUUGACAACAUUAAAGAACAGUGGACUAUCUCUGUCAAUGGCCUCUUUGUAUUCAGAAGCUGACAUCAAGAAGAACAUGAAAGCUGUCAUAGGACGUGAGAACUCCAUGCAGGAAAGCGGAACAUAUUUUUCAGCCGAGUCUGUAGCUAUAUCACUGUUAAAAAAGUUCACAGAAAAACAACUGCCGAAAGCAUCUGACCUAGAGUGGCUUGUCACUGAACAGGAGGCCCCUCAAAGGUUGUUACCGCUACCCAACUCUUAUCCUGUUUCACCGGAUGAUGCGGAAAAUUCCAACAAGUCAAAACCACUAGUCAAGUCCUCCAGGACAAGGAUACGAGGCAAUAUGGAAUGGGCGCCACCAAGACCACAAAUUAUCUUUAACAUUCAUUCAGCACAAAAGAGGACGGCAGUACUGGUCAAACAGAAUUACAGAUGUGCGGGUUGUGGAAUGAAGGUCGAACCAGGUUAUGCAAAAAGAUACAGAUACUGUGAAUAUCUUGGGAAAUAUUUCUGCCAAUGUUGCCAUAGUAACCAGCUAGCUGAGAUCCCUGCAAGAAUUCUGAAAAAAUGGGAUUUUACCAAAUAUUAUGUGUCAAAUUUUGCUCGUGAUUUCUUGACUAAAAUUUCGGCGGAGCCUCUAUUUAGCAUAUCAGACAUAAAUGCAAUGUUGUAUAAAAAAGUUCGACAUUUAGAACAUAUACAUGACUGGAGGAUUCAGUUACAUCAUUUGAGGUCACUUAUGGGAUUGUGUAAAUAUGCUUCAAGUCUUUCAGAAGAAAUAUCCAAGCUGCCACUGCACUGGAUUGAAGAUGUUCAUAUGUACUCUAUAAACGAUCUUAUCUCAGUAAAGACUGGUACAAAUGGUCACAUGUAUUGCCAAUUAAAGAGAAUGGCUAUUGCUGCAAUAUCACAUGUAGAAUCUUGUCAGUACUGUCAAUGUUUUGGAUUUAUCUGUGAGAUGUGUAGAAAGCAAAAUGAUGUGAUAUUUCCAUACCAGCUUCAUAAAGUCAGCAUAUGUCAGAAUUGUAAAUCAUGCUAUCACAAGGAAUGUUUUGUACCGCUAAAAUGUCCAAAAUGUGCAAGAUUAGAAGCUAGGAAGAAACGUUUACAAGAGGAGAGUAAAGAAACAUUUGAUGAUACUGAGCCACUUGAUGAUGGUUAAACACAGUCUGGUGCCUGUUGGACUCUUUUUUCUUUUUUUAGCUCACCUGAGCUGGCUCAGUGUGAGCUUUUAGGAUCAUUUAAUGUCUGUCGUCAUUGUCUGUCGUCCUUCAACAUUUAGUUUAUAAGCACUCUAUAGAGUGGUUACAUUUUUGCCUCAAUUGACACCAUAUUUGGUCAGUGCAUGCAUUUGAAUUUUUACUUUUUUUAUACCAAAAUUAAAAAGAAUAUUACUAACAUUCUAGUGGCUGUCGUUUCAGUCCAGAUACUGGGAAGUUUGUCAGAAAAGCUGUUUAAAAGCUGAAUAUGGGUCAUCAGGGAUCAAAAAAAAGUUCACACAACGGAAAUAUUGAAAAAUCUAGAGGUGAUAUUUUCAGCGCAAAUAUCUUAGAAAUAUAUCAGAAAGGUUGAUGUAAUGAUUUCUAGCUUUAGUUCUAGCAUAUGGUUUAUGUAGGGUCUAGAACUAAGUCACACACCACAAAUAUGGUAAAAACUUUGUUAACACUCUACAGGUUAAAUUUUUAUCUCAACCAUCCUAGGCAUUUUGCCAGAAAGUUCUAGCUUAAGAUGAAGUUUGUGUCAUCUGUCAUUUAAAAGUAGGUCACACAGCCCAUAUAUCGAAAAACAUUGUUAAUACUGUACAGGUAACAUUUUCAGCACAAAUAUCCUUUGAAUUGGUCAGAAAGGAUGUUAUGUUGAUUUCUAGCUUGACUUUGAAUAUGGGUCUAGCGGGGUCAAAAACAAGGCCAUAGAGCCCAAAUAUGGAUACUAUAAAUGUAAUAUUUUAGCCCAAAUAUCCUGAAAAUGUGUCAACAUGGUAAUUUAAAUGAUUUCUAUGUCAAGUUAGAAUGUGGGUCAGCUGGGGUAUAUAAAACUAGGCGACACAGCCCAAAUAUGGAAAAACCUUGUUUACAUUUGCACUCUUUAAGGUGCAGAUAUGAAUUUCAUGAUAUCAGUUUAACAUUAUAAUAUUAUAUCUGCUUUUCAUUCAUAGCUAACAAUAUUAAUUGUUGCUUGUUAACCCUUUCACUGCCAUAGGGACAGCUUAAGCCGUCCCUGUUAUUUUCAGCGUAUUUGCCAUAUGGACGGCUUUAGGCGUUUCUACAAUAAUUAUAAUAAUAAUAAUAAUAAAUUAAUAAUAAUAAUAAAAAUAAUAAUAAAUAUAAAGAAAAUUAUACCAUCAAUAAUAAUUAUUAUUAUACUAGCAUAUUUGGAAACAUAUAUAAUUAUUAUAAUACUAAUAACAAAUAAUAAUAAUAAUUAUAUUAAUUAAUAAUAUAGUAAUUUUUUAGAAAACCCUCUGGCAAAUAGGUGAUCAAUAAAACAGUAACCCUCUGGCAGCGAAAGGGUUAAUAAGAGCCUUAAUAAUCAGGUGAGCACCCAAUUAAUAAGGGCCAUCAUGGCCCUCUUGUUUAAAAUGCCAUUAUCCAACGAAUAAAGCUGUCUUUCAUCUGUGUAAUAUUGUACAUGUAUAUUCAUAUUGUUAAUGUAAUUUAUGCUGGUAUAUAUAUGCUGAAAUAUUUGGCUUCUAAGAAUAAGAUUACUUGAUUGGGGAAAUAAAAUUUCUUGGAUUGAAUUUGAAACUGGUCACUGUAAGUUUAAGGAUUUUACAAUUAAAGUGACAUUCUGCUUAUUUUUCUGUGUAUAAAUUUCAAAAGACUUACAGUUAUAAUGAUGAGUGACUAAAAGUUGAUAAUGUACUAGGAAAUAUUUAGAAAAAAAAUAUAUCUGUCUUAAAAUAUAAGGCGACUGCCCCACUCAUUUUAAAAACUGAAUGUUAAUGCUAAAUUCCAAUGGAUAUUUACAAAAAAUUUCGAGGCCAUGUGAGUUGGUUACCAAUCAUGUGAAGAAAAUUAUAAAAUUGAAAUGAAUUAUUGCAAAAUGUAAACUUAUGUUGAAUUUCACCUUCUAUAUACCCUUGGAAGGGCAUACUGUUACUUUAAGUAGCAGGUGAAAUUACAAGCCAGGGAUACUUGCGGUAAAAGCAAGUCAUAUAUAUGCUAUCAUUGGAAGGUCAGGCGGCUCAACCUUUUUUGAAAUAUCUUGUCUGGUCACUAUUUUAACUAUAAAUAUGUUCUGUACGCUUGAAAUUAAAUUGUGCAAGUUCCCUUUUCUUCAAUUAUUUUAAUAUAUAGAUUGGCUAAAGGUGUGUCUGCUUGUAAAAUUAUAUCUUAAAAUUAACGCUUUCUGUAACAAUAAUUCAAGAUAAAAGUUCUCUUUGAACAAAACAGUUUUGACCUGUCUCAUUACACUUUCCUCAGUUAAAUUGUUAUAACCUUCUUCUUAUGAUUGAUCAUAAUAUAAUUUGAAUCAUGUUGAUGACAUUAACUGGAUUAUGACGCCAUUCGCUUCACUACAAAAACAUUUGACCAGCUUACAGACUUUUUUGUCAAUCAGUUGACUGGUGUGGUCUAAUUGAAUAUGGAAAUCUCAUUAAAAUGUCAUUUUCGCUCCAUUACUCUUUGCUAUGAUGGGUAGUGGAGCGACAUUUAGGAUAUCAUUUUAAUGAGAUUGAAUAUUGCGUCUUCCUAUUGUUUUAUGGCAUAAAAAUCUGAUACAAUGAUUUUUGGCUUGAUGUUGCUUUUCAUAUGGUUGGGUUCUAAAUAAAGGUUGUAUUGACAAGUAUUAAAGGAUAAUUUGUAAUUUACAAGGUAUGUUUUUAGUUUGUUUAUGUAUUACCAAGAGCGUAGAUUCCUACAAAAUUGCUUAUGUUUUACAUUGUAAACAGAUUAGUGUAUUUAUAAAUUGUAUGAAAAAAGUGCUACAUCUAUUAUGAUAUUUAUCUGUGAUAUAACAUUUAAGGUGAAUGUGGUAGAGACUAUUGUAUAACAUGUCUACAAAUAUUUACUCUGUUAAUCAUUUAAUAAAUGUUGUUAAAAUGAUCUAAAAAUAAAUAAUAUGCUGUAAAUUU